AUGGGCUACUACGACAUUGAUGAUGUGCUAGCUGAUAGUGUGGAGUUUCCGUGCAAAUUUCAGUAUUUUUUGCCCGGUUUGGGCUACUUGGAGGGGAAUCCUGGGAAACCGAUCGAGAAGAACUGCAGACUGGAUCUGCCGUUAUGGUUGGCUAGGAUCUUGGCUAUUGUUGGUGGCGAUGAGGAAGGACAAGAAGACGAAGAGGCGUUGCCAUUUGUAGAGCUUUUGAGACCCGAGAUGUUCUCACCAAAAGUGGUGAACGCGAUUAAAGCUGGAGCAAGUGACUUGGAUUUGCAUACUAUAAACGCACACUUUUAUUCGCUGGCGGUGAAGUGGAUCACGUUGUUUGGAGAUGAGGAAUUGGCUGGUGUGGUAAGCGAGAUGGUCUUGGAAAGGUCAUUGGAAAUGAAUGGGCACGCGAGUAGUGUAGCUGUACAGGCAGCGGGUGUAGAGGCACAAUCUUCCCUGAUAGGUUCUCCUUUCUUGAUUACGAUGGAUGAGUCUGAGAAGCAACUUUAUAGGCUUGCUCAUGACUCUUAUAAACGCACGAAGAAAUGGAUCAUCCAGACGUAG